CUUGUCACGCUAGGGAACAUGUACUCCAUAAUCAAUAUUUGCCGCAACAAUCGUGAGGAAUUCCAAGCGAACCGUACAAAAACAAAUUUUAAUAUUUUUCCCACUUCGAGAUACAGUUGCAUCAUUAGCGAUUAGUGCAACCAUAUGCGAGUAUAAAUAUUAAUUCUACUCAAACAUCUCAUCAUUGUUUGGUAAUUCCGAAAUCAUGAUUUUUCGAUACAUUCUGUUUCUAAGCCUCGUCGGUGUGGCUCUGCUGAAAAAUUGCAAGAAAAGUGUGACCACAGUGAAUGGAAAGCAGAAUUUCUGUAAUGGCCAAUUGAUUUUUGAAGAUAAUUUCAACAGUUUGGACACAAAAAAGUGGCAGCCAGAGAAUACUCUGUCGGGUGGUGGGAAUUGGGAAUUUGAAUGGUAUAGCCCUGACAAACGCAACUCGUAUGUACAGAAUGGAGUAUUGCAUAUAAAACCGACCUUGCUGGCUGAUGAAAAGGGUAACGACUUUUUGUACAAAGGAACAAUCACCAUUCCAGCUAACCAAUGUACUAACGCUGCAGAUUAUGGCUGUUCUCGAACAGGAUCUGCUAACAACAUAUUGAAUCCAAUAAAAAGUGCCAGAUUACGCACAAUUAACUCGUUCUCAUUCAAGUUUGGCACGCUUGAAACUAGAGCUAAGACACCAGCUGGAGACUGGUUAUGGCCAGCAAUAUGGUUGCUACCUAAAGCAUACAAAUAUGGUGGAUGGCCCAGAUCUGGAGAAAUAGACUUACUAGAAAGUCGUGGAAACAAAAAUCUUCAAAACCCAUCUGGAUUGAACAUAGGUACCCAACAAGUGGCUUCGACUCUGCAUUGGGGACCUGACGCCAAGAAUAACAGAUUCUACAAAACCCAUUACGAAAAGAACAACGCUAAUGGCUAUGACACAGGCUUCCACCUCUACAAAGUGGUAUGGACUCCAAACGACAUGACUUUCUUCGUGGACAACCAACAAAUCGGCAAAGUGGUACCUCCUCAAGGUGGCUUCUGGCAGCUUGGUGACCUGGCACGCACUGGACUCAAGAACCCAUGGACUAAUUCCAAGAUGGCGCCGUUUGACCAAGAAUUCCACAUCUUGAUCAACCUCGCCGUUGGAGGUACUACAGGUUAUUUCCCUGAGGGCAUGAGGAACCCAAAACCCAAGCCAUGGAAGAAUGGCUCUCCGACAGCUAUGAAAGAGUUUUGGGAAAAGAGGGGGGAUUGGCUCCCUACUUGGAAUAUGAAAGGGGAUACCAGUCACUUGCAAGUGGAUUAUGUGAAGGUGUGGGCGUUGUAAAGUGUGUUGUAAUGUAAUGAAAUAAAUUAUUGAGUUAAGUAGGUUGAUUGUUAUUGUUGAGGUUAUCGUUAUACUUA